ACAGGAUACAGUAAUAGUAUCACAAAUUCACAAUUUACACUUUACAGUUCAUAAAGUUCUGGACAUUACGUGGAAAAUUUUUCUCUCAUAUUUUUUUUUUAAUUUUUCUCUUUUUAUAAUUUAUUGUUUGAUUAUAAAUAUUGCAAAGUUCAUAACUGUUAUUUUUAACAAUGUCGUUAAGAAUCAUAACCAGAGCUAUUCAAAGAUUAAGUACAAUUCAGACUGGCAGCAGAAUGCCCAAGUAUUUCAAAACGAUGAUCCGAGCUGAAUCCACUACAGUGGUACCAAAACAAAAAUUUGAGUCGAUAACAGAUCAAUAUCUUGGAUUUGGAAAUUUUGUUGCUGAAUGUUUACCUAAGUAUAUUCAAAAAGUUCAAAUAAGUUCUAGAAAUGAAUUAGAAUUACUGAUAGCACCUGAAGGCGUUUUACCAGUAUUUCACUUUUUAAAAAACCACACAAAUUGUCAAUUUGCUAACUUAUCAGAUUUAUGCGCUGUAGAUGUUCCUCAACGUUCAAAUAGAUUUGAGAUCGUUUACAAUCUGUUGUCACUUCGAUUCAAUACUCGCAUACGUGUCAAGACAUAUACUGAUGAGUUAACACCAAUUGAUUCUAUUACAUCUAUUUAUGAAGCAGCAAAUUGGUACGAAAGAGAGAUUUGGGACAUGUAUGGUGUGUUUUUCACUAAUCACCCUGAUUUAAGAAGAAUUCUUACUGAUUAUGGAUUUGAAGGUCAUCCAUUUCGUAAAGAUUUUCCAUUGUCUGGAUAUGUAGAAGUGAGGUAUGAUGAUGAAAAAAAGAGAGUUGUGGUAGAACCAUUAGAAAUGUCACAGGAAUUCAGACGUUUUGAGCUAUCCACUCCGUGGGAACAAUUUCCGAAUUUUAGAAGUGCUAACACUGUUGAAGAAGUGGUAUCAGCAGAAAAAGAAAAAAAAUAAGUUUAAAUUUUCAAGAUUUAUCAGAAACCUCAACAAUAGGCAAACCAAUUUCUUUCUUCAACACCGCUCUUAUUGCUUCAACCUGAAGCAUUUCAAAC